AUGAAUUCAAAUUAGAUUGACCUCUUAUUGAAAUUAAUAAAUAAAAGAUUUCCAAAUGGAUAUAGUGAUAAAUUGUCAUCAUUAAAAGAGACUUUAAUUUGAAAUAUAUAUAAAAUAAUGAUAAGAAUAGAGAUGGACAGAUAUAAUAUUUAGAUUUGAGAUUCUUAAUGAAAAUUCAAAAGUACAUAAGACACAUAAUUCAAUAUAAGAAAAGAAAAUUAGAAUCAUAUUAAUAAAAAGAUGCGCGAUACUAUAUUAAAAGUAAUUUACUUCGAUUUAAAUAAUAAGAUAUGAUAGCGUAAGUACAUUUUAAUAAAUUGUAUAAAGAUGCAGAGGGAAUAAAAAUGCAUAAACAAAAAUUAAAGGAUACAUUGAAUAGUUAAAGGAGGAGUUAAAAGAAUGUAUUUUUAAACCAAGUUACAAACAAAAAAAGGUGGUCAUUUAAACCUGUUAAAGGUGAGUCUGAAAUAAUAGAAAGAAUGAAUAAGGCAAGGUAAAUACUAAAGUAUUGAAUAAUUAAAUAAUUAAAAUGGACCUUCAUCAAGCUGUAUCUGAAACUUUAGAUUUGAGUAAAACUAAGAAAAUCUUAUUGAAUGUCGAAAUAAGAAUCCCAAAAAUAGAAAGACUAGAAUUUGUAUCGGAGAAGAAGGUGAUAUAGAAUAUGUAGUUCAAGGAGAUACGAAAGCUCAUCAAUUAAAUCAAGAGUAACAACAUGUAUUAAAAGAAACUUUAGAAUAACACAUAAAUUGA